AUGGUCAAGGACUCCAAUGCGCCAGGACGCUUUGGGAAGGAUUCUCAUACAUUUGAGAAUGGUGCCACGUACACCGGCGAGUGGAAAGGAACCUGCAGGCACGGCAAAGGCGUGCAGAUUUGGCCGGAUGGUGCCCGAUACGAGGGCGACUGGCUUGAUGACAAGGCCUCCGGCUCUGGAAGAUUCGAGCACGUUGACGGCGAUGUCUACGAAGGGCUGUGGAAAGACGACAAGGCACACGGCCAUGGCACCUACUACCAUGCUGAUGGCUCUAAGUACGAAGGCCAGUGGCAGGAAGACAAGCAACAUGGCCAAGGCACUGAGAUGUGGCCGGAUGGGGCCAAGUACACCGGGUCAUAUGUGAACGGCAACAAAUCAGGACCGGGCCUCUUUGCUUGGGCCGAUGGCUCCAGCUACCAGGGCGAGUUCCUGAACAAUGACAUCCAUGGAGCCGGCGUGUACAAGUGGAGUGAUGGACGCAAGUUUGAGGGUCAAUGGGCCCGCAACAGGAUGCAUGGAUUUGGGCAUUUCAGCUGGGUAGAUGGCCGCAGCUAUGAGGGCCAGUAUGUCAGUGAUCAGAAGGACGGUGAGGGCGUCUUCAGAUGGCCCGACGGGCGGCAGUACGACGGGCAGUGGAAGAAUGGGAAGCAACACGGCAUCGGCAUCUACUGCACUGCAAGAGGAGACAAGCGCCGAGGUGAAUGGGAAGAAGGCCGGCGCACGUGCUGGCUGGGCCCUGCGGAGCCCCAAAAAGAGGAGUCGAGUCAGAAGACUGCUGUGUCUUAG